AUGAGAACAAGGUUUCCUGGCGCUGAGGACAACCUUCCUGGCGGUGAGCACAAGCUUCCUCACGCUGAGGACAAGGUUCCUGGCGGUGAGAACAAGGUGCCUGGCGCUGAGAACAAGGUUCCUGGCGCUGAGGACAAGGUCCCCGGCGCUGAGAACAAGGUUCCUGAUGCUGAGGACAAGGUUUCUGAUGCUGAGGACAAGGCCCCUGGCGCUGAGGACAAGGUUCCUGGCGCUGAGGACAAGGUUCCUGGCGCUGAGAACAAGGUUCCUGAUGCUAAGGUCAAGGUUCCUGACGCUGGGGACAAUGUUCCUGACGCUGAGAACAAGGUUCCUGACGCUGACAACAAGGUUCCUGACGCUGAGAAUAAGGUUCCUGACGCUGAGGGCAAGGUUCCUUCCGUUGAGGACAAGGUUCCUGGCGCUGAGGACAAGGUUCCUGGCGGUGAGGACAAGGUUCCUGGCGCUGAGGACAAGGUUCCUGACGCUGAGGACAAGGUUUCUGACGCGGAGGAGAAGGUUCCUGACGCCGAGGACAAGGUUCCUGACGGUCAGAACAAGGUUCCUGACGCUGAGGUCAAGGUUCCUGACGCUGAGGACAAGGUUCCUGACGCUGAGGACAAGGUUCCUGGCCCUGAGGUCAAGGUUCCUCACGCUGAGGUCAAGGUUCCUCACGCUGAGGACAAGUUUCAUGGCGGUGAGGACAAGGUUCCUGGCGGUGAGGACAAGGUUCCUGGCGGGGAGGAAAAGGUUGCUGGCGGUGAGGACAAGGUUCCUGGCGGACAGAACAAGGUUCCUGACGCUGAGGUCAAGGUUCCUGACGCUGAGGACAAGGUUCCUGACGCUGAGGACAAGGUUCUUGGCGCUGAGGUCAAGGUUCCUGACGCUGAGGUCAAGGUUCCUGACGCUCAGGACAAGUUUCCUGGCGGCGAGGACAAGGUUCCUGGCGGUGAGGACAAGGUUCCUGGCGGUGAGGACAAGGUUGCUGGCGGUGACGACAAGGUUCCUGGCGGUGAGGACAACGUCCCUGGCGCUGAGGACAAGGUUCCUGGCGCUGAAGACAAGGUUCCUGACGCCGUGGACAAGGUUCCUGACGCUGAGGACAAGGCUCCUGACGCCGACGACAAGGUUCCUGACGCCGAGGACAAGGUUCCUGACGCUGAGGUGAAGGUUCCUGACGCUGAGGACAAGGUUCCUGGCGGUGAGGACAACGUCUCUGGCGCUGAGAACAAGGUUCCUGACGCUGAGGACAAGGUUCCUGACGCUGAGGACAAGGUUCCUGACGCUGAGGACAAGGUUCGUGACGCUGAGGACAAGGCUCCUGGCGCUGAGGACAAGGUUUCUGGCGCUGAGGACAAGGUUCCUGGCGGUGAGGACAACGUCUCUGGCGCUGUGAACAAGAUUCCUGGCGCUGAGGACAAGGUUCCUGACGCUGAGGACAAGGUUCCUGACGCUGAGGACAAGGUUCCUGACGCUGAGGACAAGGUUGCUGGCGGUGAGGACAAG